GUGCGAUUUUGACCCGCCUCGCCGUGAUGACGUCAGCGCUGACGCGUUCAUUCAGCGUCGCGUCUUCAGAGCUGAGGUGAGUCGUUGACGCUUUUUCUCGUGUUUACACAACAAUAAAACACACUUUACAGUUUAUUAAAGCGACAAUCUGCGACUAGUUUCUGCAUUGAGUUCACCUCUAUCUGUGUGUCUGCUGACCAAAACAAUACAGCAGGCAGAGAGCAGCUCUGAGAGGACAAUAUGAGUGUUUGGAUUUAUCUGAGUAAUUUUUGUCCACGAUUGUAUGAGUAAUUUCGCAAAGUAUGAUAUGUGAAGGGGAAAAUGGGAAUCUGCUGCAUCAGAUGUAUUAACAUCGAUGCAUAAAUGAUUGAAUUGAUAGUUUUUAUUGCGUUUUUAUGUUCUUAAGUUCUUCUGUACAGGUGCUUCUGCUGACAAUCUUAAUGAUUUGUUAUGAAUGUGUUCGUAGUAUAUUAACUAUAGAUCUAAAUACACAUCAAUAGUAAAUUAAUCAAGAUUUCUCUGUUUAUUUUUUGAAGCUCUGCCUCCAUCAGUGAAAGACAAAGACAGAGUGAGAAGAUGAGUGAUCCAGAACCCUGCAGAAUUAAACAGGAAGAGACUGAAGAACUAAUAGAUGUGAUGGUGAAGGAGGAGAGCGAAGAACUGAGUGAAGAUGAGGAGAAACAUCAUGUCAAAACUGAAACAAUAUCUCACACAAAAACCGAACAAAGUUUUUUAAUGGAAAGAGCAGCUGAGAAUGGUUUCAUCUGCACUCAGUGUGGAAAGAGUUACAGCCGCAAAUGCGCUCUCAAGCUUCACAUGAGGAUCCACACCGGAGAGAAACCCUUCAAGUGUUCGCACUGCGACAUGAGCUUCUUUUGUUCGGGAUAUCUGAAAACACACGAGAUGACCCACACUGGAGAGAGACCGUUCGUGUGCGCGCAGUGUGGGAAGAGUUAUAGCCACAAAAACAACCUCAAGCUUCACAUGAGGAUCCACACUGGGGAGAAACCAUUCAAGUGUUCACACUGUGAGAGGAGGUUUAGUAAUGCAGGACACCUGAAACAUCACAGAAUGAUUCACACAGGGGAGAAACCGUUCACAUGUGCUCAGUGUGGAAAGAGUUUCACACGGCAGUCGUGUUUAGCACAGCAUCAGCAGAUCCACACUGGGGUGAGUAAGCAUGUCUGCUUAAUGUGUCAGAAGACUUUUAUUAGAGCUGGGAACUUGAGACAACACCAGAUGACGCACACUGGAGAGAAACCGUACACGUGUUCACACUGCGACAAGAGCUUCAGCCAGUUUAAAGUGCUGAAAAUACAUCAGAGGACUCACACUGGAGAGAAACCGUUCACAUGUACUCAGUGUGGGAAGAGCUUCACACAAUCUUCACACCUUAAUCGACACAUGCUGAUCCACACCGGAGAGAAAACGCACAUAUGUGAUCAGUGCAGCAAGACAUUUUUGAGGCCUUGCGAGCUGAAGAGACAUCUUAAAGUUCAUACAAAGAAAUCUUACUCUGUAAAAAAGCAACUAAGUCCUUCCUGAAAACUCGCCAGACAUCAGAUUCAAUGCUUAAAGGUAUGUUAAUCAAUUCAAAUCAUUUGUGUAAAGGUCACAUGUUCAGCUCAAUUGACCCUUCGCAAAGCCACACCCAGGGCGGGUGCAUCCAUAGAGGUGACCUAGGCGGCCGCCGAGGGCGGCAGAAUAGAGAGGGCGGCAUCCGAACACUUCCCGCACCACCCGCGACCACAGUUAUACCCGCGCCUAGGGUGGCAGAGAGGGCGGCAUCCGAAUAUCUCCCGCACCACCUGCGUCCGCAGUUAUAUCCGCGCCUAGGACGGCAGAAUAGAGAGGGCGACAUCCGAACAUCUCCCGCACCACCUGCGUCCGCAGUUAUAUCCGCGCCUAGGACGGCAGAAUAGAGAGGGCGACAUCCGAACAUCUCCCGCACCACCUGCGUCCGCAGUUAUACCCGCGCCUAGGGCGGCAGAAUAGAGAGGGCGACAUCCGAACAUCUCCCGCACCACCUGCAUCCGCAGUUAUACCCGCGCCAAGGGCAGCAGAAUACGUUCUUAGCUUUGAUAACCGGUCAUUUUUGUUUUCACUUUCGUUUGAGGGCGGUGUGAUCGUCCUUUGCCUAGGACGGCAGUUCAGCUUGCUCCGGCCCUGGCCACACCCAAAAACCACCACCCACCAAUCGUGGCUUAGCAACCGUAGCUACGCGCAGGGGCUCUGUCAAGCUUUCCAGCGAGGGAAACAGGCCAAAGCGUUGUGCUUAUUAUGGAUUGUGCAAAUCUAAUACCCAGUAUCCUAAAAGUUUAGACUGGAUGGUGGAAUUUUUACCCUUUUCAGAACCAAAAACCCAAGAGGAGAAACGCCAGCGUGGAUGAAGCCGUGUGAGGGGCGCUGAAGAAGCGGAGAUAAGUUGGUUUUGUUUUGAUAUUCCAGACACUUUCAGUGAUCGACCGACGACAAUAACUCACACACCCCUUACCCUAAACAGAUCUAAACUGUGUUACAAAAACACAAAGCCGCUUAUGUUUCACUUAUGUCUCAGGGCUCAACAAUAAGGACUGCCCGAUGGCCCGGGGCCAGCAUGAGAGAUGUUCGGUACAGUGGAGAGAAUCGUUACUGGCCCGAUCAGGCCAGUGCUGCCUUGUCAUCAAAUUUUUAUUUGCCUGCUACUAUCAAUUGUAUGCAAAAUUAGAAGUCUUAGAACCGAGAAACAAUUUGUGCUUUUAAGUCUCAGAAUGCUACGUUUUCUGUAAAGUCGUAAACCCCAUAUUGCUUUUUGGUUCCUUUUAUCUGAUUGGUUGUUGUGAGCACGUUAUUUUUUUUUUUUCCACAACCUGGUAAAAACCAGAACAGUGAAGAGAUGACAGCAUCAAAUUAUGAGGCUAAAAGAAAAAGUCUGUUUCCAACGAUGUGGAAAAAGAUAUUUACAUGGGGACAACACAACGAAAAAAACGAAGUGAUGUUUUGCAUAAUUUUCCAUCACUUUUAAGUCAGCCACUUUUUGUUUAGCAAUGAAAUACCUGCACAUUUU